AUGACGGAAUCACCUUCACAGUUGCUGCCACUGUCGAUCUUACCAAAAGAAUUGAUCGCCGAGAUCCUCGUUAGGCUUCCGGUUAGAUCUCUUCUUCAAUUCAGAUGUGUGUGCAAAUCCUGGAAAGCCCUAAUCUCCAGUCCCCAAUUCGUGAAGGAACACCUUCACAACUCAAUCUCCGAUACAAGCUUAACACACCAACGAUUGCUCACUAUCACCAACGGUGAAUCGAAUGGACUGACAACAUGUUCACUGCAGUCAAUAUUCGAAAACCCAUCAGCCCCUCUAGAAACCCUCACCUUCCCGGUGGAGCCCCAGACCUAUUAUUUUAUUGUAGGUUCAUGUAAUGGGUUGAUCUGUUUGUCUAAUUGUGAUGGUUAUUUCAUAUUGUGGAACCCUUCUACUAGAUGGGCAUCCAGAAGAUUACCGUAUGCGCCUUUAGUUUAUGAGAGGCAUCUGAACUUACAUUUGGGCUUCGGCUAUGAUCAAGUUAACAACAAGUACAAGGUGCUAAUAAUUACUUGUGGUUUACCUAAUCUUAGUGAGACUAGAGUUCAUACCUUUGGUACGAAUUCUUGGACAACGGUUCAAAAUCCCUCGUGUGCUUUCCGUUGGAGUGAAAUGUCAGGAAAAUUCGUGAGUGGUGCUCUGAAUUGGCUGGCUAAGAAAGGUGAUGUGAUUAUUUCUUUUGAUCUAGAGAAGGAGACUUAUGGUGAAGUGUUGUUACCUCCUCAAAUGAAUGGUGAUUCGCUUGCAGUCUUGAGUAAUUGUCUUUGUGUAUGUUGUUUCUCUGGCAAAGCGGACUACGUUGUGUGGAUGAUGAAAAGAUAUGGCAUUCACGAGUCUUGGACUAAAUUGUGGACACUGAUCCCUCAUGAGAAUUGUAUUUUGCGCCCCUUGUGCAUUUCAAAAAACGGUAUUUUUCUAGCAAAAGGUUCAAAUCUCCGGUUAGUAAUGUAUAACCCAAAUACUAGGACGUUCAAUUAUCCUUAUAUUGAGGGAAGGUUUUGGGAGGGCGACAUAAACAUUUAUCAUGAGAGUUUAGUUUCACCAUGA